GAAGCUCAGUUCAGUUCCAGGUUAGGGUGGCUGUGUGUGGAGGUCGUGGUCAGCAGCGCUGCGCGUCUGUACUGGACUGAGCUGUUAAACCCGUGUGAGCCGUGUUUUCACAGGACUCUCUAAAGCGCGGCUUUGUUUUCUGGACGUAGUGGCUGUUUUAUGAAUUAGAGUCAGCAAUGUCGCAAGCGUCUUCGGGUUUUAACCCGACUCCCCAACAGACACAUCGGAACACGCAGGGUCCUCUAGGAGCGGCCUACAUUCCCACUGAGGAUGAGAAGCGUGUCUUUAGAGAGUGUAAUCGUGAGAGCUUCUACUACCGAUCCCUGCCAUUGUCAGCCAUAGCGAUUGCAGUCACUCAGGUGAUGGUGUCUAGAGGAGUGUUAUCUCCAUCCCCGAGAUUUGGGUCCCUACCAAAAGUUGCUAUUGCUGGCCUGUUUGGCUAUAUGGGAGGAAAGGUGUCUUACAUGAAGAUUUGUCAAGAAAAGUUUAAAAACCUGGAGAACUCUCCACUCGGAGAGGCACUCCGGCAAGGACGCCUGCGUCAUGUACCCCCUGAGCUGAACCAGUCGGAAUUUGCAGAUCCAAAUCCAGCAGCUCCUCAGCAAUCAGGCUUUGAGACUGCAUUCCAGGCCAACUCUCAGCCAAAUCCCUACAGCAGUUACUCCAGUGACUAUCCCUAUAGCAGCCCGUCUUCUUCAUAUGACCCAGCGCCUUUCAGCUCUGGACUGAGUGAGCCUGCGCCGUACAGUUCAAGGGAUGAUGUUGCCCCUCAAGCUCCACCUUACCAGGAAGAUGAUGCUCCUAAGAAAAGGACAGUACUGUACGAGGAGCUGCGCAGUAAAAACAGGGAGAACUAUGAGGUCACCCUCACGCAGAAGGCUGAAACUCAUCUGAAACCACAGGCUGAGGUGCCGACACCAAAGAAUGAAGUUAAAAAGAACAAGUAUGGUGACGCUUGGGACGAGUAAGACAGCCCUGGAGCUCCGACUGCCCUCUGAUUCCUGUGGGGUGAGAGCAAGUCAGCGAUUUAUCCAGUGCAGUGCAAUGCAGCUGUUUUAGAAGAUGCAUAAGAUACUUUAAUCCCACUAAAACCCAGAGCAGCGUUUGGGGUCUGUUUCUGAAAUGAAAAUAAACAGCAAUAUUAAUGGGUUCAAAACAUUUGGCAUUUGGGGUCGAGAAAUGAAGAUAUAUAUAUAUAUAUAUAUUUUGCUUCAUCAAAUAGUUUCAGAAGUAAGUCAGGAUGUUUUGUGCUUUUUGUCAGUAAAGGGGGGUUUCUUGGUAAAUGGUGGGCACUACAUACAUUUCUCUACUAGUGGUAAUUUCAUUGAAAAACAUUGUCAUGAAUUGUUUGCCUGUGGAACUAGCCAUAAAAGUAUUAUCAGGGAUUUUCCAGAGUAAAAGAGAAUGAUUAUUGUUUUAAGUCUAAAUUUGUAGAGUGUUCAAACAAACUGAAGAAAUAAACCCAGUAGUUUAAUUUCACUCUCUUUUUACUGAAUAAGGGCAAAAUUGAAUGUGUUUUGAAACAAAAGUAAUGAUUAAAGCUUGAGCCAGAGUGGACGUGCUUUUGGCCUAAAAGCUGUAUGAAUGAUUUCUUCAAUGUAGUCUCUGUACAGUCUUCAUAUUCAUUAUCAGUGUAUAAUUUUGCUUUAUGAUGGAUGACUGCUCCAGCUCCAGCACCAGCAAUGUUUCUAAAACUGGGAAUGAGUGUGUUUACGAAUGAGAGAGAUUUUGAAAUUCAAUGCUCAUGUACAACAACCACACACUGAUUAUUCCAGCAACCAACAUCAUUAAACUACAUGGAUUUCUGGAA